UAUACAAUAUGUUUCGAUGAUGGAGUUCACCUUACUGUAUGUUUGUUUGCUCUAGGUCACAGGCUAUUUGGUGCCAAAGCCUGUUGUUGGGAGGACUUUGACUGGAGGUCUCUAUGUGAAGCACUUGGAGUCAUGACAGACUUUUUGUUCAUUUCUGUCCCUCUGGACAAGACCAGUUUAACCAGUGUAGAGAAACUCAAGCACAUAAUUGCCAAAACUAACCUGGCCUCCUGCUGCAAGUUCUCCAUUCCAGAUCUCAAGGUGGGAAUACUGGACAGUCUUCUCAGCGUGUCAGAUGAUCUCUCCAAGCUCGACACACUGACUGAAAGUGUGAUUAAAAAAACACAUCAGACUAUGAGGGAGGUGAUGGAGCAGUCCAGUGACAAAGUGCUGGAAAACGCCUUAGCCAAUGGAGUGGAGCUGAUGAGCUACAUGACCAAGUUUCAGUGGGACAAAGCCAAGUAUCCCACAGCUCUGCCUCUCUCCAGCCUGACAGACAUCAUCAACAAGGAAGUUUCCCAGAUGGAGACGGAAUUAAAAUCUCGAGCUGCGGCGUAUAACAGUGUGAAAAUGAGCUUGCAAAGCCUCGAGCACAAACUAGAUGGGACUUUGCAAACUCGCAGUCUAAAUGAUAUAGUCAGGAAGGAAGACCUGGUGGUCUCAGAGUACCUCACCACUCUACUGGUAGUGGUGACCAGAGGGAGCUACUUGCAGUGGGAGAGGACCUAUGAGUCUUUGUCAGAGUUUGUGGUUCCACGGUCCAGCAGGAAGCUGUACGAGGAUGGAGAGGGAGGCCUUUUCUCAGUUACACUUUUCAAAAGAGCUGUGUGUGAAUUCAAAGCCAAAGCCCAGGAGAGCAAGUUCACCGUGCGCGACUACAGCUUUGAUAUGGAGGCGAAGAAGCAGCAGGAGAUGAAGAAGCAUAGUGUUCUCAAGAAGGAACAAUAUGGUGUCUUCGUGCGUUGGCUUAAGGUGAAUUUCAGUGAGGUGUUUGUUGCCUGGAUUCACUUGAAAGCAAUGAGGGUGUUUGUGGAAUCAGUCCUCAGGUAUGGAUUACCGGUGAACUAUCAGGCUCUUGUGCUGCACACGGACAAGAAGCAUUCAAAGAAACUGAGAGAAGAACUCGCCUCACUCUUCAUACAUCUGGACCCCACUGCCACUGCCAGCAAGACAGAUCAGGUAAGCUGUGAUAUCCCAGGACUCUGUCAGCAUGAGUACUUGUCCUACAUCUGCUUCCAUAUCAACACCAAUCUGCUGGAGAUCAGCUAGCAGUCAACAAAGAAUCAGAAUCAGAAUCAGAAAAAAGAGAGGACCCACACAAUGACCAAGCAAUAUGGGCCCUGUCGCUCCUGUGGUGGAGCUGACCACUCAGAGCCAGGAACAUAAAGACCAUCAACUCUAAAUUAAAACACAUCUAGUGAUAUCUUGGAUAUCUUGGUUGUCAACAUUUCUCAUGAGCCAGAAAUAACUGUCAAGCUUCCCUUGGACAGCAGUGUAAAUGAUCUUGUCAAGUGAACAGUGGAUGGAUUUGAGUCCUCCAUGUUCACUGCACAUAUCAGCUGCAAUAUCAGCUGCACAUGGACUACACUUUGUGAUGUGCUGCACAUGGAACUGUGGAACCAUUUGAAUAUGCAAGAACAUGUACUGUAAAUGUUAAUGUCAGGGUGCACAUUCAAGCAUUUUAAGUGAGCAGAUGUUCCUAGAGUCCCUACAGCCAUCACAGUGUGAUAAAGUGUACAGUAUUUCUUAAUGCGCUGUUGCACACUGUUCAACACAAAAGUCCAUACAUUUUUGGUGCAUUAUACUGUAUAUUCUGAAGGGA